UCUGCAGUCCCCGCCCACCUCUGACAGGAAGUUAGCGAGGACUUCCGGGUGGUGGGUGGAGCGCUGCACAGAUCUGCUUCCCCAGAGUGUUUUACAUUAGAUCGGUGGUUGUGAUGGAGGAGCCCGGAGAAGGGGUCCCGGCCCAGGAGACGGAGGUCCUGUGUAUGACGGACCCCGACCGUAGUGAGGCCGAGCUGGCCUUCCAAGUCUACAAGAUGCUGGAUGGGAACGAGGCCUUCAGCAACGUGUCCGAGUACCACAUGGUGCCAGUCCAGGCGGCCGACGGCUCCAUCAUCGGCGUCCAGGUGACCGGUGUACAGAGGGGGGAGGAAGGCAACCCCAGUCUCCUGCCCACCCAGCUCAUUGAGUUCCACAACGUGGGGGAAGCUGAGCAACCCCAGGCCGAGCAACCGCUGCCAGAGGAGAGUGUGACCCCGGCCGAUCCCCCAGCAGAUGACCCCGAACAGACCGAGGCUGUACAGGAGUUGGAUGGCCAUGAAAGUUCACAGAUAUCUGAUGCCGCUGUUGAACUGGCGGAAACUUCUGAGCAGAAUGAGCCAACUCCACAACCGUCCGCAGACUUGGAGAAGCAAGAAAUGAAGACUCUGUACCGGUGCGGUCAGUGCCAAUUCGGCUCCUUAAUGAUGUCGGUUAUGAGGCGCCACCUGCGCAGACAUUCCAGCAAACACAAGUGCCACGUUUGCGAGAAGACGUUCUGCAGCGCCAGAGAACUAAAGCUCCACGUCAGUACUCACACGGGGGUCCGCCCGCACAAAUGUACCAACUGUGACAUGGCUUACAGAACGGCGUCCGACCUCCUACGCCACAUCAGAUCCAUACAUACACUUGACAAACCCUUCAAGUGCUGCUACUGCGAUUAUUCAAGUGUGGAGGCAAAUAGGAUGAAGAUUCACAUCCGAUCUCACACUGGGGAGCGGCCGUUUGCAUGUAGUGAGUGCGCUUUUGCGACCACAGACGCCUUUAAACUGCGAAGGCACCUGAGAACGCAUACAGGUGAGAAGCCGUAUACGUGCCAUGUGUGCGGGGCCCAGUUCACGCAGAACGCCAGCCUGAAGAUGCACAUCUUAAGAAAACACACUGAGAACGUGCAGAAGGAGCAAUGUAUCAUCUGUAAUGCCGUACUGUUUGGGAAGAAUGACGUAAAGGUUCAUAUCCGCAAGCAGCACACCUACCUGGAGGUUCCGAUCAAGUGCCGCAUCUGCUCGGAGGAGUUUCACGAGCGCUACCUCUACCGGCAACAUCAGGAGAGUCACAGGUUCCUAAAGAAAAUGGAGCUGAAAUCCAACAAGCAAGACAUACAGACUUAUGAGUUGGAGGAGGAGGCGGAAGCCGAGAUCACCACCACCACCACCAUCGAGGACAGAGUGUCCUGGAACAUCGUACCGGGCACAGGCGAGGCGCAGCUGUUUCUAAACUAUCACGAGGGGGAGCAUCAGGGCACUGUGACGGAGCUGCACAGCAUACCCAUGCAGACGGAGGAUGGCAGCAUUGUGCAGGCCAUAGUGUUGCAGAGCGCAGAGCAGGUGGACGCCGAGGCGAUGCAUACCGAGGUGUACGAGAUGCAAGAUCUGGCCCAAGUCUUUCGGCCCAUGGUGGAGCAACAGUCCUCCGAGCCCAUAGUCCUAACCCUGGAGUCUAUUGAUCCGGACACACAGAGUGCAGAGCAGCAGAGUGUCGUCCCCGACUUCAUUCCCCAGGCGGCUUCCACACCCCGGCCGCCAUCCAUUAAAGGGAGGCGGAUCCAGCCAAUCAGCCCCGAGCAGCAGAUCGAGGUGAAGCUGCAUCGGUGUAAAGACUGUGACAAGACCUUCUCUACCGGCAUGGAGCUCCUGAAACACAAAAAAAUAAUACACAGGCCAGAGAACAUGUUUAAAUGUCCUUUUUGUGAGAAUGAGUCUACGGGGGCCCUCGAGCUGAUCCUUCACAUUCAGGUCCACAAUGAUGAUCGCCCAUUCCACUGUGAACAAUGCAACUUCUCCACAACUGAUUCCUUCAAGCUGACCAGACAUAAGAGAACUCACACAGGAGAGAAGCCUUUCACAUGUAAUGUAUGUGAGGCCAAGUUCACGCAGAAGACCAGCAUGCUGAUGCACAUUCAGCGGAAACACACCAAAGAGCUCCCCAAAUUAAGCUGUCCUCUGUGUAAAACCAUCCUGACCGGGAAGCACAGUCUGAGCAUUCACCUACGGAAGCAGCACACUCACUCGGAGACCGAGCUGAAGUGCCGUUUCUGUCCCGCCACGUUUCGGGAACGGUUUGUCCUCCGGGAGCAUCAGAAGACUCAUAGAAACGAGAAGCCCAUCAAAUCAGUCCUCCCGAGGGCAAAACGGAGAAAAAUCAUGGAGAAGAGUCAGAGCGAUCAGGUGAACUUUGAGGAGCAGGAGCCGGUGAUCGGUGCCCAGGCGGAGGAGUACACCUGGCAGGUUCUACCGGCGGAACAAGAGACCCAAAUCCACUUUGUGCUCAGCGGUCCCGAGGAGGCGACCUCGGUGACAGAGUACCACCUCCUGCCAGUGCAGGCGGACGACGGCAGCGUCAUUAGCAUUGAGGUGUCAGAGAUAGAGGAGGUGGAGCAGAUGGAAGCGGGUACAAUCCAUCAGGUCAUUUUAGGGGAUAUCUAAAAACAGCUAAGCUGUAUGUGACCGGUAUCAGUGCCCACGGGGGGGUUGUGCUGCGUCUAGGGAGGGCACAAAAGGAAAAAGGAGCACGCCCAGGGGACGAAGAUUCGCAGCAUGGUGCCGACCAAGGAGCACACAAAGCCCAACAAGAGGAGGCGACCUAGGCCCUCAUUGUACAUAUGUAGGUUAUUUGUUUUAUAUUAUAGACUUGUUUUAAAUUAUAAGAGAUUUUAAAUAUGUACAUAAAGCCACUGAAUACUAGAAAUGGGCAGGCCUGCAUUACACAGCAGAUUGGAAAGGGUUAUUUUCAGUAACAGAAAGAUCGUCUGCGAUAAAAGUGCCUGAAGUUCCCCGACAAGUCUGCACAUUGGGAGAGAGAGGUGUGUGCGGGAAAAUUCGCAAUCCCAGCAAUUUGGAUGGAGAUCUGUUAAACGACAUCUUUUGUUGAGCUGAAUAAAAGUUAACGUCCAUA